AUGCAGUUUUUACGCUUUACGCCGACGGUGGCGAGAUUUCAUUUCUACAUUCCACGCGGCAUGCGCACCUCGGUCGUUCUCCUCUCUCUCACGUCGUUCUGGCUGCACGACGUCCACGCCCACAGCUGGCUCGACGCCAUCACGUGUGGCGACCAGAUCGGAUACGCGCGCAACUUUUCAUCGCGGGACGCCUUGCUGCGCGACGGCAUCGUCUUUGACCGCUUCAUGACGUACCGCCUCGAAAACCGGAAUGCGUCGCAGCUGCUCUGCGCGCCGACGCAGCGACAGCCGCUGCAGCGGACGACGCACCCGCGCCUCGUUUGCGCGCCCGGCGCGACUGUCACGUUCUACUACAACGAGAACGGCCACGUGACCAAGGACAAGUGCCAACCAAAGGAUCCGCGCGGCUGCGACGGCAUCUACCCGAAAAACACACCGUGGUACGUCUACUGGGACGUUUUGGGGAGCAACAAGACGACCCGGAAUGACACGACGCCGCUUGGAAGCAAGGCCAACGACACACGCUUAAUGGAGCUUGGGCGAGGCUUCUUUGACGACGGGCUCUGCGGUGAGACGACCAAGUACGGCCAGCCGCGUGCCCGUCAAGGGCGGCCGUGCACCGGGUCGUUCCAGUUGCCAUUCAUGAACGCAACCACCCGCAACACCAAGAACACCACCACGCAAGUGCUAUCGUUGGUGUGGCACUGGGUCUUUGACAAGGUCUACGGUGUCGGCGAGGAGUACACGACCUGCUUUGACAUUGCCCUUGCGUAA